UUUUUCUUUCUUUUUUUUUUUUUUUUUUUUUUUGAAACCUCCCAUUCUUUUUUGACACGGCUGUAACCAGCAGGCCAGGCAAGGCAACAAUAUAAAUCCGAUCUGCGAUCAAGCUGGUUUUUCUUUUUUUUUUAUUAUUCUAUUUUUUUAAACAACAAUUUUCAUUUUUUUUUUUUUUUUUUCAUUCUCAUUCACAAGCCUGGAGUCCAUGAUCAUCCUGUGGGGAAUAAUACAGAGAGAACACAUUAGGAGAAUGUAUUUAUUAUUUGAUAAGGUGCACUACUCUGCCUUUAAGGGGACCUGUCUGAAAGCUAAGCAGACUUAAGUGCUCAUUCACAAACUCCCAGCAAGGAAAGGAUCCAGAGAGUCCCCGUCAUCCUGAUCCUCCAGCUUCAGUCUUCCAGCUGCUAUUAGUAGUUGUGUAUUUGUCCCGCACUGGGGAAGCUCUGAGACCCUCCAGCUUUCACACCUCUUAGUCCUCCUUUUUGGAGAGGAGAGCACAAGGGGGCUGGAUUGUGUGUGAGCUGAAGAGGAAAAAAAAAAAAAGAAAAGCAGAGGGUGAUGACGUUUCCAGUUUGAAGGCACCCGAUUCGAUGUCCUGGUGAAAUCUGAUCCCUACUUGCGGAUUUCUCCAGGAAAAAAAAAAAAAAAAAAAAGAGAAAAGCAAAAAAAGCAACCAGGGCACUUAUGAUCAGCUCAGUUUGUGUUUCCUCCUUCCGCGGGCGCAAGUCUGGUAACAAGCCUCCCUCCAAGUCAUGUUUGAAAGGAGAUAUGGGCAAAAACGAGGACAGCGACAAGAUUGUCAUUAAUGUUGGGGGCAUCAGGCAUGAGACCUACCGGAGUACCCUCAAAACCCUGCCCGGGACCAGGCUGUCCUGGCUCACCGAGCCUGAUGCCUUCAGUAACUUUGACUAUGACCCCAAAACAGACGAGUUCUUCUUCGACAGGCACCCCGCGGUCUUCGCCUAUGUCUUGAAUUACUAUAGGACUGGCAAGCUGCACUGCCCGGCAGAUGUGUGCGGCCCCCUCUACGAAGAAGAGCUGGCCUUCUGGGGCAUCGAUGAGACGGACGUGGAGGCUUGUUGCUGGAUGAAUUACCGGCAGCACCGAGAUGCCGAGGAAGCCUUGGAUAGCUUUGAGAGCCCCGAGCCCGAGGAGGAGGAAGAUGGGGACCUCAAAAGGCUUUGCCUGCAGGAAGAUGGCAGGAAGCUGAACUGGUGGAAGAGGCUACAGCCCAAGGUCUGGGCACUCUUCGAGGACCCCUAUUCUUCCAAAUAUGCCAGGUAUAUCGCCUUUGCUUCCCUGUUCUUCAUUCUCAUCUCCAUCACAACGUUUUGCCUUGAGACCCACGAGGCAUUCAAUGAGAUCAUCAACAAGACUGAGACUACCACACAAAACAACGUCACCAAGACGGAGAUUAUACUAGAAGUGGAGACUGAACCUUUUCUCACAUAUGUAGAAGGCAUGUGCGUGAUAUGGUUCACGUUUGAGUUUAUGAUGCGUGUUUUAUUCUGCCCUGAUAAAAUGGAAUUCAUUAAGAGCAGCUUGAAUAUUAUAGACUUUGUGGCCAUCUUACCUUUCUACCUGGAGGUCGGCUUGAGUGGCCUGUCUUCCAAAGCAGCCAAGGAUGUCCUCGGUUUUCUUCGAGUUGUCCGAUUUGUCAGGAUCCUGAGAAUCUUUAAGCUCACUCGUCAUUUUGUUGGGCUCCGAGUCCUUGGCCACACUCUACGAGCCAGUACAAAUGAGUUUCUCCUCCUUAUUAUAUUCUUGGCACUUGGAGUUUUAAUUUUUGCCACCAUGAUAUACUAUGCGGAAAGGAUCGGGGCAGCGCCAGGGGACCUUACUGGCAGUGCACACACCAACUUUAAAAACAUCCCCAUAGGGUUUUGGUGGGCUGUGGUAACAAUGACAACUUUGGGGUAUGGGGACAUGUAUCCAGUGACCUGGUCAGGCAUGUUGGUGGGUGCCCUAUGUGCGUUGGCAGGUGUGCUAACAAUUGCUAUGCCAGUCCCCGUCAUUGUCAACAAUUUUGGAAUGUACUACUCCCUAGCUAUGGCUAAGCAGAAGCUACCAAAGAAAAAGAACAAACAUAUUCCACGGGCACCUCAACCUGGAUCACCUAAUUACUGUAAACCAGACAUGAAUUCUCCCCAUAGAAGUGCUCAAGGAGAUGCCUGUCCCUUAGCUCAGGAGGAAAUCAUUGAGAUCAACAGAACAGACUCCAAACAGAACGGUGAUGCUGCCAAUGCUGCACUGGCUAACGAGGAUUGCCCAACAAUAGACCAGGCUCUCUCCCCAGAAGAAAAGUCCCCUGUUACCCCAGGUGCAAGAGAGAGAUACAAUCGCGACCGAGCUUGUUUCCUGUUGUCCACCGGAGACUUUGCACAUUCUCCAGACGGCAACAUCCGCAAAGCUCAUGUGACAGAUCAUAAUGGCCCUAUAUCUGACUGAGGUUUUACUGCUGUAUAUGUUUAUUAUUGUCAUUAUAUGCAUUCCCAAUAGAUUUUGCUACUUGUAUCAAAAUCUUUCUAUAUGCACUACAGCUACGUGAGGCAGCAUACUUAUAUUUUUGUCAUGCUGUUACCAGCAUGGUAGGUUGAGCUUUUAUGCAAGAGACCAGUAUGGACAUGACUGUAUACCCAGGUGGUAUAUGUGUGUUAGAGUGAGUGUGUGUGUGUGUUUGCAUCUACUCAUCACAAUGCAUAU